AUGGUGUUACUCCCAAAGGCUAAGAAUGACUGGAAGAAUCUCAGAUUCUUAGAUUUUAAGUCAGGGGUUGAGUACAAUUCAGCCUUGUUUAAGACAGUCUCAAUGCUAAGGCUUUGUGGUGAAGAAGUAACUGAGGAAGAGUUACUUGAGAAAACCUACACUACGUUCCAUGCAUCGAACGUGAUACUGCAACAGCAGUACAGAGUGAAAGGCUUCGCCACAUACACUGAUCUGAUCUCGUGCCUACUACUCGCCGAGGCAAACAAUGAGCUCCUGAUGAUGAACAGUGAAGCUAGACCAGCUGGAACAGCAGCAUUACCGGAAGCCAAUGAGGUUGAAAAGAAAGAUCCCAACGAGUGCUACUACGUCCAGAAUAAUAAGAGAUCACACGGCAAAGGCCGAGGUGGAUACAAAGGGUGUGGCCGUGACAACUACUCGAACGGCCAGACAACUACUCGACCGGCCGGAAAGGAAACCACAAUAACCGUGGUCGUGGUUCCAACUAUGGCCGUGGCCGAGGAAGUUAUGGCCGAGGUCGAGGUGGCAUAUCCAAACCGUCUUACUCGACCAAAUCCGUUUGUCACAGAUGUAGGAUGGACAACCAUUGGGCCAAGAAUUAACAAGAACCCGGAGGCUCACAUGGUCCAUGAUUCCGGAUAUGAUGCUGAUGAUGAUUCCGACUUUGCUAACAAUGACCUAAUGGAUUUUGAGACUUCGGAUUGUCUCAAAGACUAG